AUGAUUAUGAAUAAUCUGAAAGGCACUGAAGGGAAGGCUGGAAUGGCAGCCAUUGUUGACCCCAAUCACUCCUAUGACCUGGUGGCCUUCGCAGAUGAAAUGAAGAAACAGCUACCUGCGUACGCACGGCCUAUUUUCUUACGACUGCUUUCCGAAGUGCAUAAGACAAGCACCUUCAAAUUCCAGAAAACGGAGCUGCGCAAGGAAGGUUACGAGAUCUCCGCGGUGAAGGACAAGUUGUAUUACCUGGAACCGAGGCAGUGCCGAUACCUUCCAUUGACUGAGGAGGUCUACAAGAGGAUCCAGUUAGGCCUGGAGAAACUAUAAACCCGCCUCUGCUCUUCUCGCAGCUUCCGUGGCCCUUCGCGAGCCGGGAGCUGGAGCGAGGAGAGCUGUGGAAAGCCAGAAAAGGUUAACGAUUAAGAAAAAGGCACAGAUCACGAUUUUUAAAAAAACAAAACGAAAACAUUUACCGAGUUUUGCAGAAGAUGGUGGCGUACAAUUUGGGGAGAGAGCUGACAGAAAAAGGUUGCAUACCAAAGCAUAAAAAAACAUUACGGCUUUAUUUUCUGUUUUGUGUAAAGGGUGACCAUGGGGAUGGGUUGGAAGGAUGGCAAUGGGCGCACGGCAUUGCCUGUCCCGCUGGGCUGAGCACGGUGGGGUCGGUCCGCCCUUUUCCUGAUUUUGCCCCCCAAGUCAUCCAGGCCAACGAGGGCUGCGCUGAUUUGUGGCGCCUCUAGGAGGCGCUGUGGUGCUUUCGUUCCCUUUCCAAUCGGGCAGCUGUGGCUGAACUUGGCUACCUUGUGCAAAGUUUAGCCAACUGUUUUCCAAGGGUAAUUCCUGGGGAAAACAAAACAAAAGUUGUGGGGUUUUUUUUGUUUUUGUUUUGAAUGGGGAAGAUUGUCUCCAUCCUAUUUACUGGCUGCUAAAAUGUUACUGCUAAUGCGGAACGGGUGGGAAGGAAACGGUGAUGAUGCAAACGCUUGUCUGCCAUGACUUGACUUUUUUUUUUCCAGGGAAUUUUUUUUUCUACUUUCACAGUUGGACUAUUUUUUAGUCCACGUGCGUUAUAAUUUAUUGCGUGUAUGUGUGUUUUUUUUUAAAAAACGACCCACUGCGAGAACAGUACAGACUGGCUGGAAUGUUUUGGUUCUGUACUGUUGUCUUGCUGGCGGCACCUGAUUUUUGUUUGUUGUAUGUAAACACCGCUGUCUUCGUUCCGCUGCCCCCCCCCCCCCCCCCGGGGCCUUUUUAAAAGGCCGGAGGCCAAAUGAAUCUGUGGUCAGUUCCUAGAGUUGCACAGUCAGCAAUGGGGUCCCCCCUGGAAAUCCAUCCCCUUCUGUAAGUGUUCCUAGUUGACGCUUAAGCCUCCUGGGCUUUCAAAAGGUGAAGACUUCUGCAUGUUUUUAGAAAUAAUGUCGCUCCUCAAUGAUUUGCUAGAGCACAGAUACAGGCGGUGGUGGGAUUCGGCAGGUUCGCACCACUUCGGCAGAACCGGUUGUUAAAAUGGUGCUUGUAAACAACCAGUUGUCAAAUUAUUUGAAUCCCACCUCUGGAACCGCUUGUUAGAUUAUUUGAAUCCCACCACUGGAUACAGGGUAUGUCCACACUAGUGUUUCCGGUGAUGUGGUUGUUGCACUGUAUACCGCUUCUGAAACUGGAGGAUCCGGGCAAGAGCUAGUAAAGGAAAGUUCCAUGCUGAGUGGCUAGACAGAAUAGUGUGUGUGGUUCCUGUAUACUAUUUGAAAGACAUUAAAAGUCUUAUCAUGGACAGCUUCGCUUGUAGAAAAUUCCAGGUUCACACUUUGGCAUCGGCUACGUAAAAGGGUCUCUGGGAACAGGCCUGAGAAAGACCUUGGAAAGCUGUUGCCAGACAGCACAGGUAGUAAUGUGCUAGAUAGGAGCAGCAGUGGCGUAGGAGGUUAAGAGCUCGUGUAUCUAAUCUGGAGGAACCGGGUUUGAUUCCUCGCUCUGCCGCCUGAGCUGUGGAGGCUUAU